AUGUCUGCCGAUCUGAAGCCCCUCCGCAUCGUCAUGGCCUGCGAUGAGGCUGGCCAGCCCUACAAGGAGACCCUGAAGGCUGCUCUUGAGAAGAACCCUCUGGUUGAGUCCAUCCAAGAUGUGGGCGUCAACUCCACCUCCGACAAGACUGCUUACCCUCACCCGGCUGUCGCUGGUGCCAAACUCAUCAAGGAGGGCAAGGCAGACCGUGGUCUCUUCAUUUGCGGUACUGGUCUCGGUGUCGCUAUCUCCGCCAACAAGGUGCCCGGCAUUCGCGCCGUGACAGCACACGACUCCUUCUCCGUCGAGCGCUCCAUCCUUAGCAACGACGCCCAGGUGCUCUGCUUUGGCCAGCGCGUUAUUGGCAUUGAGCUUGCGAAGAAGCUCGCCAACGAGUGGGUGACCUACCGCUUCGACCCCAAGAGUGCCUCUGCCGCCAAGGUGCAGGCCAUCUCCGACUACGAGAAGGAACUCGCCGGUACUGCUUAA